AUGAUGUUCCCAAGCCUGCUCGCUCCGCCAGCCGUGUACCCCAGCCUGCUGCGGCCCACCCCCACCCUCACCUUGCCUCAGUCGCUGCAGUCCGCCUUCUCCGGCCACUCCAGCUUCUUGGUGGAAGACCUCAUCCGGAUCAGCAGGCCGACCAGUUACCUGCCCCGAAGCGGCGCCCCUCCGCCCAGCAUGUCUCCGCCCAUCUCCGGCGCCAGCAGCGCCAGGACGGACGCGGGGAGCUCCUCCUCCGAGCUGGGCGCCGCCAGCGCUUCGGGCGCCCGACGGGGCUGCUCCGCGGAGACCUCCGUCUCUCCCAGCAACGACGCCACUUUCCUGAAGUUUGGGGUCAACGCCAUCCUGGCCUCGACGCCCAGGACAGAAACAUCCCAAGCACUGAUCCAGAAUGUUCCUCCCAAGACCUUCUCCUUCCCAUACUUCGAGGGGUCUUUUCAACCUUUUAUCAGAUCUUCUUAUUUUCCAGCGUCUUCUGUGGUGCCCAUCCCUGGCACAUUCUCUUGGCCCCUGGCUGCCCGAGGGAAACCACGCAGAGGAAUGCUCCGAAGGGCGGUCUUCUCGGAUGUGCAGCGCAAAGCUCUGGAGAAAAUGUUUCAGAAGCAGAAAUACAUCAGCAAACCAGACAGAAAGAAAUUGGCAGCCAAGCUGGGCCUGAAAGACUCCCAGGUAAAGAUCUGGUUCCAAAAUAGAAGGAUGAAGUGGAGGAAUUCCAAGGAGAGGGAGCUCCUGUCGUCCGGUGGCUGCCGGGAACAAACCUUGCCCACAAAGUUCAACCCUCACCCAGACCUCAGCGAUGUAGGCAAGAAAGGCUCUGGGGAGGAGGAAGAGGAAGCGGAGUCACCACUGUGCCCAGCCAGCCCCCGGCACUCCUUAACCUACCACCAGUCCACAGAGCACUCACACCUGAGAGACAGGUUGGACUCCCAGAUGCUCCCUUCUCCCACCCAUUCCAGCAGUCCCAGCAAACCCUCAGACUUCUCAGACUCAGAGGACGAGGAUGAGGAGGGGGAGGAUGAAGAAGAAGAGAUUACGGUCUCCUAG